AUGUCUUUACCAUCACCUUCAUACAACGACGACCGCAAGUCGUUCGCCUACCCUACCGUGCAUAAACGCUGGCCUUCAAUCAUCACACUGGCCAUUGAGGAUCUUGAAAAACACGCCAAGGAGAAUCCAGAUACUGAAGGUUGUGUUGAAUUCGUCACAGGCCACCUCAAGACGCUUUUGAGCAACUUCAAAGAAGACAAGCCUGUUGAUGCUUUCACCGAUGAAGACGUUCAGGCCAAGCCCGAGCUCAAGAUCUACAACGACGAGUUGAAGAGGUUCAACGACGCCAAAUUGGUCACAUGGCAAACGGGACCAUGGCUCUACUUGGAGUGCUACUUGUACCAAUUGAUCAGCGUGUGGUUCUCCAAAACCAAGAAGCUCCAAAAAUACGACAUUUUUGAGCCCGCCAAGACUGGCGCCUUCAAGCUGUCUGGAACUGGUGUGGUGGAACUCUGUCAGAGAGUCAAGUUGCUUUCUCAGCAAUUGGCCGAGAAAGAGGCCGACGAGCAGGCCUUGGGCUUGCUUUUCACGGAGUUUAUUGACAUUUCUUUGUGGGGAAACGCCACAGACUUGUCGUUGCUUGCAGGUAACUUCAGUUUGGAGGACAUCAAGAGUCUCCAGGGUGCUGAGGUGCGUAAGAAGAACGAGGAGAAGAUCAUUGUGAAUGACACAGAAGCCGCCUGGAAGCAUUACUUGAGCAGCAAGCGCGAGAGAAUCGAUAUUGUCUUGGACAACUCGGGCUUUGAGCUUUUCGCUGACCUUUGCUUGACCUUGUUCUUGCUUGAGGCCAAGUUGGUGAAGAAGGUGGUGGUUCACUGCAAGCAGAUUCCAUGGUUUGUCAGUGACACCAUGCCUAAGGAUUUUGAUCUUAUCUUGGCCCAGCUCGAGGACACUACUUUCUUUGACGAAGUGAAGGAGGACAAGGCGUCCCAGGAGGCCAUCAAGUUCUUCCUUGACAAGUUGAAGCAGUACACCCAAAAGCAGCAGAUUGGUGUUCAGAGCCACCAGUUCUGGACCUCGUGUGCCAACUAUUGGGACAUUCCCAAGAUCAACGAUCUCUACGAAGAGCUCCAGAAGUCCAACCUCAUCAUCUUCAAGGGCGACUUGAACUACAGAAAGUUGACUGGUGACUUGCACUGGGACACCACUACACCUUUCACCACCGCUAUUCAAGACUUGGCUUCCUCCGGUCUUCCCGUCUUGCUGUUGCGUACCUGUAAAGCGGAUGUGGUUGUAGGAUUGCCUGCUGGAUUGAACGAAAAGCUCAUUGAGGAGUACAAGAGCCAGGGCAACGAGAUUGGCGAGUUCUGGACCGCCUCCGGUAAGUGGGCUGUGAUCUCCUUCUCCAGAGGUUAG